GAGUUAUAUCUAGGUAGCUAUAUAAAAGUGAGGCAGCGGAGCGCCCGGCAGUUCCUCCACAGAGUCUGUCCGAGCCCGACGUAUCAACCUUCACCAUGCAGCGACUAACCUUGUUUUUACUCUCAGCGGUGUUGGCUAUCUCUCUGGCAGAGGCCCAGUACUACGUGCCUCGCGCGUACUACACGAUCGACUCUACAGGGCACGCGUCGGCGCCCGUGCCCCUGCAGCGCCUGCGUCGGUCCUUCUACCCCUACCCCGGCCCUGGAUCUGAUGCUAAUGCCAACGCUAACGCCAACGCAUGGGGAGGUGGCAACGCGAACGCGAACGCGAACGCUAAUGCCGGCGGGCGCUUCCCCGGUGGUGCCGGCGGCAGCUGGGGCGUUCCCGGGGCGUACGGAGCUGCGAAGCCAUUGGGCCCCGGUAUGACUCGACGUAUGUUUGGAGCAGUCAACGGCGCCAACUCGGUCUCUGCCAGCUCCUCGGUGGAUGUCGACGGGGAAGGCAACGGGUCCUACGACGUGUCCUCUUCAGUUGGCAAUUAAACAGAACCAACCACGAACAGCGAGAGAUGGUUGAGCUUUUAUCCGUCGUGUUUUAAUAAGCAUACGUAAUAAA